AGUGUGAGUGACGACAUAGAUUUGAGUAACUAAUGUUCAAUACGUUACUAUACAAUCUUCCUUUAUCUGAGUUUUUGCUAGGCCUAACAUUGGAGUUGAACCUACAAAGAGAUGAUUAUCUUGAUAAGAUAACAUCUACAUUCGGUGCUCGUGUUGUUGUCCAUGAUCCUCGUGUCAUCCCGCUACCUGAGAGCGAGGGUAUCGAUAUUAAUCCUGGAUUACAAACAUCCAUAAUGAUUUCCAAAGUAACUUUCGAACGUCUGCCCGCCCCCUACAAAGACAGGUGUCGUAACUACAAAGAUGAUGAUUCACACGGACGAGCCAAACGGACCAAUCGGCAAUCGGUAUUGAAAGUUUGAUGUUUUUGUG